CAACACCCUCACGGCCCGCCCCAAGCUAGCAAAACCUCACCGCUUCUUACCUCAGCUGCCUCUCUAAAGAAGAAGGGUUUUUCUCGCUCGCCAGGUAGAGAGGCUAAAGCAAUCGUCUUCUCGCAUCAUCAAAUUCUCGGCGACGCCAUGGCUAAUACUACCACUCCCACAAUGGCAAGGUCUUUCCUUCAAGUAGCAGCCACAGAGGAGGUUGCUCCUCCUCUCCGUGCUGUUCAGAUCGAAGGACUGGCUGUGUUGAAAAUAAUCAAACACUGCAAGGAGUUUUCACCGUCUUUAGUGACUGGGCAGCUUCUAGGAUUGGAUGUUGGUAGCGUUCUUGAAGUUACCAACUGUUUCCCUUUCCCGAUUAGGGAAGAGGAUGAGGAGAUUGAAGCAGAAGGUGCUAAUUACCAGCUUGAGAUGAUGAGGUGCUUGAGAGAGGUCAAUGUCGACAAUAACACUGUUGGAUGGUAUCAGUCAAUGUUGUUUGGUUGUUUUCAAACAGUGGAAUUGAUCGAGACAUUUAUGAAUUACCAGGAAAAUAUUAGACGGUGUGUUUGUAUUAUUUAUGAUCCUUCAAGAGCUAACCAAGGUGUUUUAGCUCUCAAGGCUUUGAAGCUUUCUGAUUCUUUCAUGGAUCUGUAUCGCAAUAACAAUUUUACUGGAGAGAAGUUGAGGGAGAAAAACUUGUCAUGGGUGGAUAUUUUUGAGGAAAUUCCUAUCAAAGUUUCAAAUUCUGCACUUAUUAGUGCCUUUAUGACUGAGCUAGAAAAUGAUACACCAGUGACCCAGUGUGAUUAUGACCGCCUGCAAUUAUCAACCAGUCCAUAUUUGGAAAGGAAUGUAGAAUUUUUGAUUGAAUGCAUGGAUGAUUUGUCAAUGGAGCAGCAGAAGUUCCAAUAUUACUAUCGGAACCUGUCACGCCAGCAAGCUCAGCAGCAAGCAUGGCUUCAAAAGAGAAGGUCAGAGAACAUGUCACGCAAAGCUGCAGGAGAAGAACCCUUGCCUGAGGAGGAUCCUUUAAAUCCCAUCUUCAAACCAAUCCCAGAACCAUCACGGUUGGAUAGUUUCCUGAUAACCAAUCAAAUAGCAAAUUAUUGUAACCAAAUCAAUGGGGUUUCUGGGCAGAGCUUCAGCCGAUUAUAUUUGAUGAAGGCUUUGCAUGAGAAUUGAUACAAUGUGAAGUUUGAAUGGCCAGUCAUGCCUCAUUUCACAAGUGUUUUUUGUUUUUGUAGCCUUUGUUGAUUAGGAAGAGGAUGGAUUCCUGGUAGGAUGCCCUCUUGGAUGAAAAUGAACAAAUUUGGGGCAAGGAACAAUUCAUGCGUAAUCGUGUCUUCAUUUGAAAAUGAUUCGAGAUUGUAACUUAUCGUUGUUUUAAAUCGACUCUUAUAAGAGAGACUUGGAUGGUUGAAAAAUGAGCAAUUUUACAUGAA